AUGCUGGACGGUAUGGACGAGGUAGCUGAAUCCCCGGAGGUUCCGAGCUCGAACAUGGACCACCAGCUUCCUCUCCCGCUCAGUCAUUGUGCCCCCUUCGAUAUCAAGACAAAGAAUGGAAUGUUGCGGGUCCAGCCGGGAGAGAAAAGGGCCUAUAUCUUCCUUAUCGUGUCCGACGACCAAAACCUGGAUGAUUUGCUUGAGGCUUCUUCGUUCGGCUCAUUCUUCAGGGCUGUUCCUCAGCAGACACAUUUUGUUUUCGGUGCACAAGCUGACAGCAUGGACAAGUUGCAGACCAUACAGGAACAGAUGCAGAGAACGUCGGGGUACGAGGAAGUGAAGGGUCAACUCCACUUCAUGACGGAGGCGAUCCAGCCGCGGUGCCAUCUCAAAAGAGAGAUUUGCCAGAAGCAAUAUUACGACAACCUCGUCUUUCAGGCAGUGAAUGAGUGGGGCGGGGAGGAACCUUUGAUGCAGAUCUCUUGGUCCGAGAACGGUAAAUUGCAUACCAAGAAAGUGGAGGCCAAGGGCGAUACAGGUUGGCUUCCUAGCAUUCGAGAGUUGCUGCAAGAGCAGACAGAUCCACUAGAGUUUGCCAACUGGGGAGGGCUGGCAUGCGAUGACUCUGACAACCCGCAAGAAAGUGUCCAAGGAAAGAUCGCUGUUGUCAGGAGAGGAAAAUGCGCCUUCUUCGAGAAGGUUCGGCUGGCUCAAAAUCAUGGUGCAAGUGCCGUGGUAAUCGUGAAUUCGGAGGACGGCGAUAUGGUCUCGCUCUCAUGCGGCUCGCCCGAUCCCUGUAAAAGCGCAGGAUUGAAGAUACCAGCUGUGAUGAUGAGCCAUGAAGCCGGAGGGGAGGUUCUGAAUUUGCUGAAGAAGAGAGUCACAGUAACAAACCGUUUCUCCCUGAAAAAUGCGAUUCAGCACUUUGUUGGAUUGGAUCACUUUUCACGUCUGCGGGAAAUUGGGCAGAUUCCUCCAAGAGGAGCUGAGGAGAGUUUUGCACUCACGUUUCUUGCUCUUGAAGGGGAAUAUUACGCGUAUGAGCGAAAUCUGGAACAAAAGCUGUCUCAACCGAAUGCCCUCAUAGUUCCAGUGUUGGAGCAGUCGAAACAGAAGGAAAGUGGAAUUCUUUUCAGUGGCGGCAGCGGGCUUUACAGUGUUGUCGAGUUACCGGAUGAGGCAACGAUGAAGGAUUUUGACAAACUUGAAGUGUACGCUUCGCUAGAUUGCCCAGGGGGCGCCGACAAGGACUGCGGGGAAUGGGAUUACGUGGUCCAACUCUUGUUGUGCAAGGCCAAUGAAAAGACUCUAUCUCAGACCUCGUGGGGCAAGGCAACCUCAGUUGGGUCCUGUGAUUUCGAGAUGGGGAGGUUCGUGACCCCCUACUCCCGCCCCGGCAAGUGGAUGAUCGAUGCUACAGCGACUCUCCCCCUUCUAAUGGGUGGCGGGAGGCAUUAUUUCCUUCUGAAGCAGCCUUACUGGUCGCAGCAGAAGUACCUUGCAGACGUUCGUUUUGUCUUUUCGUCUUCAGGGAUCCAUGAGCAGCCCCUCCUGUCGAUUCCUCUGUUCCAUGGAGGAAUUUUUGAUCAAGAGUACAACUCAAGGCAUCGACCCAUGAACAUUGACAUCCCUUACCUGACCAGCCGAGCAGAAAUUCACUCGGUCAUCACUGGUCAUGGAUGGGGAGAGGACAACGAGAACUGUGCUGAGUUUUGCGUCACUCAGCAUCGAUUCAGCCUGCGACAAGGAGUGGAGAUCGACGGUGAAACGUACGCGUCAAGUGAUGAGCACGUGUACGAGACAUCGCUGGACGGGGCAGGGAGCGAGAUGGGAUGUGCUAGGAAAGUUUCAGAGGGCGUCACUCCCAACCAGUAUGGCACUUGGCAGUUUGGAAGGGCUGGUUGGUGUCCAGGCAGUGCAGUCAGCCCGUGGGUGGUGGAUGUGACGUCGUCAGUGAAGCCAGGGCUCCAGGCUAUCAUCACAUACUCCGGCCUCUUCAACAACAGCCAGUACGAUCCUGCUGCAUGCGUCGGUGACGAUUGUGUCGACCAAGGCUUUCCGGCUGAGAUCCGCAUGCGCUCGUAUCUGGUUAUCUAUGGGAAGAAGCAAGGAUCUCUACAGGCCCCAGCAGCAGCACGAGCCAGCAGGUCGAAACUUAGAGCCAUGGAGCGCAUGCAGGUCUCAUCUUCGGAACGAGGAGUGUGGAGUGGAGCCGGUAUGGCAGGGAGCCUGAGCUUCUGCUUUAUGAUCCUGCUAGGAAUGAUCAGUCUUCAUCUUUACCAAAGGCGGGCUGUCAGGCAAGGCUACAACAAGAUCAACAGCUCUGUGUAA